AUGAAACUUAAUUUUAAGAGCCAAAUUGGUUUUGUUUCUUUCAUAAUAUUGCUCUUACCUAUCCUGUGUAACUCUCAAGACUCUUAUAUUUUCUCUAGAGCAACCUAUUAUGGUAGCCCAGAUUGCUAUGGAAAUCCAAGGGGAGCUUGUGGCUAUGGUGAUUAUGGACAGACAGUAAAUGAUGGCAAUGUUGCAGGAGUGUCUUGGUUAUGGAAGAACGGAUCGGGUUGCGGGGCAUGCUACCAAGUGAGGUGCAAAAUAGCAGGAUUGUGUGAUGAGAAUGGAGCAUAUGUUGUGGUGACUGAUUAUGGUGUGGGAGAUAGGACAGACUUCAUCAUGAGUCCGCGUGGCUAUUCGAGAUUGGGCAAAAAUUCUGAUGCAUCUGCAGAACUUUUUAAAUAUGGUGUGGUGGAUAUAGAAUAUAAAAGAGUUCCUUGCAAAUAUAAUGGUUAUAAUGUGUUGGUAAAGGUACAUGAACGUAGCGAAUACCCUCACUACUUUGCCAUUAUCAUUCUCUAUGUUGGUGGAAGAAUUGAUGUAACUGGUAUUCAAUUGUGGCAGGAGGAUUAUCAAGAGUGGAGGCCAAUGCGUAGGGUGUUUGGGGCAGUGUUUGAUGCUGAGAACCCUCCAAGAGAUGGGAUCAAGUUGAGGCUCCAAGUGAGUGGUAGUGCUGGUCUUUAUUGGGUGCAGUCCAAGAAUGUCAUCUCUAGUGAUUGGGAAGCUGGUGCUGUUUAUGACUCACAAAUUCAGUUUGAUUAA